UUUUCAUCGCUUCUCAUUACAAUGCUCCGUUUUUUGCGAGCGCUUAUCAAUUUUCACCACUUUUUUGCUCUCAGACACAUGCCUUGUUUACCAGUUGUUGUAAGUGCGUGAUGGAUUACGGACGGUUCUCUCAAAAAAUUAUUAAUAAAUGACGAUAAAAAUUCGUGUGAAAAUAUGAAGUGCGUGACUGUUGGAAUCUCCAUGUCCUGCAGGUGAUGGAAGCAGAAUCUGCAGAAUCGCAGCCUCGGGAAUCCGAUUAAAUCUAAUCGCCGAAAAGAAAUAAAUGACUAAGAAUGUCGAACGAGUCGUCUAGCCUGCGCGACCCCCCAUUGACGACCAACUCCAGCGUGGAGGACUCCACCACCCACAUCCAAAAGCUGGCCCUCGCCGGCCUCCUCAGCGUGGUCAUCGUCGUGGUGAUCAUCGGCAACACUCUCGUUAUUCUGGCUGUGAUAACAACAAAGCGAUUACGCACAGUAACCAACUGCUUCGUCAUGUCGCUGGCAAUCGCCGAUUGGCUCGUCGGCGUCUUUGUGAUGCCUCCGGCCGUCGCCAACACCCUCAUGGGUGCCUGGGAGCUCGGCUGGGUGCUGUGCGACAUCUGGGUCUCGCUCGAUAUCCUCCUGUGCACGGCAUCGAUCCUGAGCCUGUGUGCCAUCAGCGUGGACCGAUACCUGGCCGUGACUCAGCCCCUGAGCUACUCCAGGCGAAGGCGCUCCAAGAGGUUGGCCUUCACCAUGAUCCUGGUGGUGUGGAUGAGCUCGGCGCUUAUCACCUGUCCGCCCAUGUUUGGAUGGUACGAGCCAGGAAGGCACGAGGAGAAGAACUGCAGGUACAAUAAGAACACGGGCUAUGUGAUCUUUUCAGCGAUGGGCUCGUUCUUCAUACCCAUGAUGGUCAUGCUCUACGUCUACGUGCGGAUAUCCUGUGUGGUGGCCCAGAGGCACGACCAGCUCGCACACAUCGACACCCAUUCGAGGAAAAGCCAAAAACUCGUCAUCAGCGUUAAGGAAGAGUCUGACAUUGAUCGAGUUUCCUCUGAAUGUGAGGACCAAAACUUGAGAUGUCCCAGCGGGCAGUCGGCGGAGCCCCUCAACCAGAGCCUCAACCACGAGCAGCGUAAAUCUCUCGGCACUCGUUCGCUCCGCUCGCCGUUGAACUACUCCUUCAAUCACGAGCCUCUGACGGCGCAGCGCUCCGCCAGCCUCUACCGGCCGCAGCCGUUCACGCCACAGCGCUCCCGGCCCGAGUCCCUCAACUUCGAGCCCGCGACGCGCGUCUCCUCCUUCCGCCGCGAGACCAAGACGGCACAGACGCUCAGCAUCGUCAUGGGCGGCUUCAUCGCCUGCUGGCUGCCCUUCUUCAUUUUCUACCUGCUGACGCCGUUCAUUCCCAGCAACCAGGUCAACUCGCUGAUCAUGUCCUACUUGACGUGGCUGGGCUGGUUCAACUCGGCCAUCAACCCCUUCAUCUACGCCUUCUACAGCCCCGACUUCAGGAUAGCCUUCUGGCGACUGACUGUUAAGCAUUUUUCAAAGACACGAAGGCCGACUUCGCCUUUCAGCACAAGUGAGGGCCGGCGCCGGACACGUUCGAUUCUAGUCACAGUAUUUUAUAGUUGUUAUUUAUAUUGUACUAUUGUAAUUUAUUCGCGGACGGCGGGCGAAUGCUUGCGAUUAUUGAGCGAGCGAAUGGUCGCGCGUUGACGGGUUUUGUUACGAAUAAGGUGAAGAGGGAUUGGUAAGUACACAGUUAAAAUAACUCAAAAUAAAAUAUGAAGCAAAUUACGGUAAUUGACAUUGUUUGGAAAUGGUAAUUAAUACGCAAUUAUGACUGCGAUUCAUAAAUGAAUUAUUUCAGUUGAAAAUCCAAUUUUCCAAUACACAUAUUAAUUUAUGUUUGUUAAACAGUCUAUGCUCUUGAAAGUUCACCGAUUGAUUUAUAAUUCCAGCUUGAAAUCAAUCAAUUUACACAAGAUUUUAAGUUACAUAAAAUCUGUUUUUUAAUUAAACGGAAAUAAAUGAAGAAUCUAGGUUAUGUUAAAUGAUGUUAACAAAAAUUUCAUGCCCUAUUAGCGAAAAAUUUUGCAAGAAGUGAGUUUUUAGCUCUGACAUGUUCUAACGAAAAAUCACACUAAAGAGCCAACGUUCAUUUGAUAACUUCUUGACAAAAUUUCAGGAUCUAUUCGAGUUUUUAGCCCAAAAUGACGUAAUUUUCGAUGUUAUUAAUGAUUGUAUGGUAUUUGUUAAUAAAUUUUCAAAAAAAAUGUGUUUCUAGUUAAAAAAAAAAAGAAUUAAAUCACUCUAAUUAGGGCCAAAAUAUUUUUGGUUAAAUUUUAAUAAAUGAGAAUCUUGGUUAAAAAUUAGAUACAUCUAACGAAAAAGCUCAAAAAUAUCCCAAAAUACUCCAUUGGUCUUUCUUGCAAGAAAAGUAAAUUAUUUUCCGAAAAAUGAGUAUAAUAUUAUUUGAAAAAAAAAGCGAAGAUAAUUUUGAAUUAAUUAAUCUAUUGUUCGGCUUAUCAAAAAAAAAUUAGUUUCACUCUUACAAUCAAUAUAGAAAUUAAAAUGAAUAAACAUUAAAAUGCCGUCAAUUUCGAACUUCACUGGAAAUUUUUCGAUUUUUUAGAAACUCGAAAAAUAAGUAAGAGUUUAGCUUAUAAUAAUAUAAGGUUCGACGUAAUUAGAUGUUUUUUGGACAUAUUUUAACACAAUUACGCAAGUAAAGUGAGUUUCAUUCAAAAUCGAGCUAUUAAAUCACUCUAAAGAGAUCAAAAAGCAUGAUUUUUUGCGAGUUUUUAUAAUUUUAACGAAACUUUACCAAUAGAACGAGUUCGGUUGUUAAUAACAAGAAAGAUAAAUAAAAAAAAGACGAAAAAUGUAGUAAAACACUUAUAAAACACAAAGCAACGUAAUUUUCUACCGUCAAUGGUAUCUUUUGGUCUCUUUAAGCAAAAUUACGCGCGAAAAGUAUGGGUUCUGAAAAGUCUUUGAAAAAGGCAAAGAUAUAACUAAUUACAUGACUGUUUGGUAGUUUCUCACUUAUAAACUGUACUUAAAUAUAAAAAAACAAUUUCGGAAAAUAAUUAAGUGUUUAUCUUACAAUAACGUAACGUAAUCUUCGGUGUAAUUUUAUGACUCUUAGGCGUGUGAAUGUCUCACAAAAAAUAAGCUAAAUAUCACUUUAAACUGGCCAAAAGAACGUCAAUUUCCUCCUAGUUUUUAUCAUUUUUUAACGAACUUUUACAAAAUAAUUGACUUUCUUGAUGAAAAAAUGACUUUUUAACUGAAUAUUAUGUGCCGAAGUAUUUGAAUGCGGCUCAUUACUAUGUCAUUUUCGACCUUUUCUGGGGAAAUUCUCCAUAAUAAAAGUUUUUAGCUCAAAAUUAUAAGUCACAUAAAAGUUAUAGACGUAAUUACGUGAUUUUUGCCGUGUUUUCAAGAAAUAAUUUCAAACCGGCUAAAAAGUCGUAUGCUAAUUUAGAUCUAAUCUAAUGAUUUUUUGACUAAGAACCGAUCUAUAGAAAGGGCCAUUAAAUUUUAAUUCGUUGUUAAAAAUUAACAACACGAAUAACCAAUCAAGUUGGUUCAAUUUGGUCAUGUAAUCAUGCAUUUAAUUGCGGAUUAAAUUAAUGACGCUCUAAGGGCCGGUUUACAGAACAUUUUAAUUGCAACUAAAAAAAUUUAGUUUAAAAAAAAUCGCGAUUAACUUGGCAACUUAAUUCGAAUUAGUUUAACUUUGAAUUAAAUUUUAAUUUCACUUUAUGUAACCCGACUCUAAGGUUCGUUGUUAAAAGUUAACAACCCGAAUGGACCAAUCAAAUUGGCUCAAUUUGGUCAGGUGAUCUGUUAGUCGCGCAUUUAAUUAAGGAUUAAAUUAAAGACGCUUCUAUAAACCGUCCCUAUGUUUUCAAAAAUAAUUAUCUAGGUAAAACUACGGUAGUUUUAGUAAUUUUUAUUUCUGAUUUUUUGAUGUGUUAUACAAAACAAGUUUUUUAAUUCGUUUCAGUAAAAUUACCCGGAAAAUGUUUCAGUUUCGGUUUAUAAACGUGCUUUUGCAAAACGCCAAAACAAUAAUUGCUUGAAUGUUUUUUCGCGUUUGUGUUUAUUUAUGGAAAUUACACAAAAAAGAUUAGAUUUUCUUUUGUAAAAUGAGAGCUAAAUUUGAGAAUUCGUUAGAAAAUUCGUAAAUUUUUUGUCGUAUUGGAAGAAAAUUUCGCAAAAUAGAGAGAGCUUUUCAUUCAAAUUCUGGUAAUUUUCGACGUAAUUAGAUCAUUUUUUGUCUGUUUUACUCAUAUGUUCGUGUUUGUAAAUAAAUAUUACAAAUAAAUAAUUCAUUUAUUCCCGACAGACGUUAAUCUAUAAUGGGCAGCAGAAAUAUGAGGAAAACAAACACAUACAAAAAAUAAUAAAUAAAACAAAAACAUUAAUUACUUAACAAUAACUUCAAACAUGUAGGAGUAUAAUAAGAAAUUAAGGAAAAGUGUAGAACACUUUACUGACUUGUAUGAAAGAAGGUAUCCCGAUUUAACCCACUAAUACCGUUAAAAAGAAAAAUAAUAAAAUGAAUUUAUAACUACUCUUAUAAGCGCUACAGGGUGAUUCAAUAGUGGGUUACUUCUGACAUGUCUUAAGAUGCAACCAAAAAUACUCAUUGCACUUACCACUUGGACACUUCGUUUGAUUUAAUUGAAUUAACCUAAUUUUUUUAAAUUAUAAUAGUCCAUAAUAAAAUUUUAGCAAAACUGUUAAGACAAACUUAACACUUCCUAGGACAAUAUAUUGAGGGUUAAAUUAAUUUUUUAACGAUUACCGAUCUGGUCAGUUACAAUCAGUAUUAUUGGUUGCAUAUCUAUAGAAUUUAAGAAAUAAAAAAAUGAUUCACCUUGUAUAAAGAGAUAAGAACUCACCACAGAAAAAUUAAAAGAAAAACAAAAAAACAUUCCUCAAACAUUCAACCUGCAAGUGAUUCCGACAAAAUUUCCGUUUAAUUAAAAAUUGGAUUUUGCUUUUAGCUAAUUUUAUUUAUUCGUUUCGUGGCAGCUUUCAGUUUUGUUUAUCACGCUUUUAAUAAGCAUUAAUUACCUAGUUGUUAAAUGUGUUGUGAUGUAAUUGGAAAAUUCGCAGCAGAAUUCAAUUCACUCUCUGUCUAUUAUCAUGUGAUUUAUUUACGACAAAACGGCAACGAGAAGUGUUUUUAAUUGAAUCGGUCAUGCCGAAAAUUGGGCUUGCAACUACAUUUUGCAGCGGAAGCGUUGUCAAAUUUUUUAUUGUUUUGUGUGCUCAUCCGAAAGGAAGUAAUAAAAUUCUUAUAAUAAAAAUAAUACGAAUGUCGGAUUGGGUUUAUUCGUGGCAUUUAUAUGCUCACUAUGUUCGGUGUAUAAAACGAAGAAAAUGUACAGAACGGGCUUGUGAGCUAUGACUAUGGAAAGCACGUCCAAGUUUGACACAUUGUUGAUUUAAAUUUUUAAAAUAAGUAAAGUAUGUGGAGAUGAAGUGUGCAAUCGUGUGACAUUGUUUUCAAUAAAUUUUGAGGAAAUCUCAUUUGAAAAUAUCUCCUUGGAAUGAAAAAUUGUGAUAUGAUUCUGUAAAUAUUAGAUUUGUAUACAGGCUGUACCGAUAUUUUGAAAACAAUUUGGGGAAAAGCAAAAACGUUAAACUUUUUAAUACAAGUGGUAAACAUAAGCAUGUAACUUAGGCUUUCCUUUCUCACUGUUCUGAAAUUACAAAAUGACGAAUUUUCCCUUGAAAAUGUGUAAUGUCUGGACAUUUGAUUUAAUUUUUCCGCAAAGGACGAUUAAUCCCAUGUUUAGUCCUGGAAUAACCGUAAACUAUUUAUGGGGGAGUUGGAUCUCACCCUCCAUAACCAAGCGAAUCUUCAUAAAAUUUUAUGAGGUACAACUAAAACGUUUCCUCUAGGAUAUUGAAUUCCUUCGGUGUGUACUUUAACAAAAUAAAAAUGUAACGUAGACGUGUGAAUUUAGUAGCUUAGGAAGUAGUGAAAAUCGUGAUAAUAUUCACGGAUAGAUGAUUAUGGCGUUAGUAAAUAUUUAUCUUUCGUCGGGAAAAAUCCUAUUUGUACAGUUAACGCGAAAAUUUCAUUACCAAAAGCAAAUUCACAAAAUGGACCUAAUUAUUGUCCAUCAGUUGUAAAACGUUGUCAACAACUACAAUUGUUAAUUUUUUGUGGAAAUGUUCAGUUAAAAAUUAAAAAAAUUAACCACGAUUUUUUUAAUUGCUUGUGUAAGUAAACAAACAAUUCCACAAAAAAAACUUUUUUUGUCCCAAUCUUCACCUAAAUUAAAAAAUCGUAAAAUACGCCAUUUAUUUUUUGUUGGAUUUUUUUUGGAAAUAUUUAGUUUGCAAAAAAAUGAACAAAAAAUCAACUGUGAUUGCUGGUCUCUACAAAAAAUGGAGUAAAAAAUGGGAUGUGGACAGAAAUGUUUUUUAUUUUUAAAUGUUUUAAAUUAUAUAAUAAUAUUACAAUAGAUUUAGAUAUUUUCUUCAAUAAUUUCCAAACUAAAACUGUAAAGAUCAAACUACUAGAAUAUUUUUCUUCGUAAUUUAUAAUGUUUUGUAUAUUGACUGUCUCAAUUUUUGUCAAUUUUGUUCUUCUUUAGUAUUUCUUUUUAUAUAUUAUAUUGUUAUAUUUGUCAGGACUACUCGUUCAUUUAUUAUAUGGUCCACUAUAGACCAAGAAAUCUGUUGGAAAUAAAUUCUAUUAUUUUAUAAAAAUGACGCAAAAACUCGCUCGCCUUAGCAAAAAAUGGAGCAAAAAAACGCUUGUGGCAACAAAAAAUGAAGCAAAAAAUCGCUGCAGUCACAAAAAAUGAAGCAAAAAAUGGUAGGUAUUAACAAACAAUUCCACAAAACAUAACAGAAGAUGAAAGUGGGGCAAAUAUUGCUUAAUUUUGGUACCAAAAUUUAAAAAUCGUAAAAUAUGCCAUUUAUUUUUUGUUGGAUUUUUUGUGGAAAUAAUUUGUUUGCAAAAAAAUAAACAAAAAAUUAACAGCGAUCACAAAAAAUGGCACAAAAAAUCGCUUGGGGUAGCAAAAAAAUGCCGCAAAAAAUAUCCGUCUCAACAAAAAAUCGCGCAAAAAAUUGCUGCAGCCACAAAAAAUGAAGCAAAAAAUUGCACAAAAAAUAACUUGUAGAAAAUUGCAUAAAUUUAAAAAUCGAAAAAUUUUCCAUUUUUUUUUUUUUUGAUUUUCGAUCACAAAAAAUGGCACAAAAAAUCGGUUGGGGUAGCAAAAAAUGCCGCAAAAAAUUUCCGUCUAAACAAAAAAUGGAGCAAAAAAUUGCUGCUGUCACAAAAAAUGAAGCAAAAAAUUGCACAAAAAAUGACUUGUAGAAAAUUUGCCUAAAUUUAAAAAUCGUAAAAUUUUUUUUGAUUUUCGAUCACAAAAAAUGGCACAAAAAAUCGCUUGGGGUAGCAAAAAAUGCCGCAAAAAAUUUCCGACUCAACAAAAAAUGGCGCAAAAAAUCUUUGCAGUCACAAAAAAUGCAGCAAAAAAUAGCAUAAAAAAUAAUUUGUAGAAAAUUUGCCAAAAUUUAAAAAUCGUAAAAUUUUCCAUUAAUUUUUUUUUGAUUUUCGAUCACAAAAAAUGGCACAAAAAAUCGCUUGGGGUAGCAAAAAAUGGCGCAAAAAAUUUCCGUCUCAACAAAAAAUAGCGCAAAAAAUCACUGCAGCCACAAAAAAUGAAGCAAAAAAUGCGUACUUGGAAUUUUAACGAAUUGUUUGAAUCCCUCUUCACGUUAUGAUUGAAGAUUUAGUACAAAUUUGAAUGUAAACCUAAGAUAUUAAUAUUUUUGUACAUAGUCGAUAUUGAGUUUUUUACCUUUGUAGACCCAUCGCUUAGCCCUGUAAAUAACUGAAAAAAUAAACCAUGUUUUUGUAUCUAUUUUUAUAUUUUAUUGUAACAGUGGCUUAACAACCCGUUCAAAUUCAAUGUUCCGAACGUAAUUAAGCACAAAUCAAUGUACAAUUUUCUCUCUAGCAUAAAUAGAUGUUUGUAAAAAUA